UUUAAUAACUCUCUACGAAACUUACAACCCCAAAAUACAGCAUCUUUCUCUCAAAGUCGAUGAUGUUGAGGGAGGCGCAAGUUUUGGAAAUAGGCCUGCUAACACUACUCUGCGCCUGCUUCCUUUCUAUAUGUGUUGCUAAUGAUCAACAGCAGCACCAGACAUGCAAGCCAUCUUCAUGCGGAGGUAUUCGGAACAUCACCUACCCUUUCCGAUUGCAAGGUGACCCGUCAGGCUGUGGUGACCCAAAGUAUGAAUUGAUUUGUGAGAACAAUCUGACCGUGUUCAAGCAGGGCGGUAAGAGAUACUUUGUGGCUGAGAUCAACUACCACAACUAUACCAUUCGGAUGCUGGAUCCUGGCCAAAAGAAGGGAGACUGUUUCUCCACUCCUCUCUAUUCCUCCUUCUCCAUGCCGUCCUGUUGGUCCUUCUCGAAUAUGCUACAUAAUUUCGAUCCAUAUCCAGAUUAUAAAGAUCCAUAUUAUUGCCCUGAUGAAUGGGAACGCAAUACAAUAGUUUUGUUGAGCUGUGGAAGGCCAAUCAGUGAUCAAAACUACAUUCCCAUUGUUCUUUGCAACAGAUCCGAAGACAACAUUUCCUCUUCCUCACGGACAUAUGCUUAUGUGCUAGCAGGAAAGUCUCUGGAGGCGGGACUUAUUCGGGAAUCAUGCACCAUCGCCUUGACUUUUGUUGCUCAAUCAGAGCUCAGCAGUUAUUCAAUCUCAGAUUUGCAAGAAAAGCUACUUAUGGGGAUCGAGCUUUCAUUUUUGCAUCGCCUCUGCAUUACAGAAUGCAGUGUGAAAGGGCUAGCCUGCGAUGUAGACUAUAAUAAUAAUACCAUACGAUGUUACAGAUCAAGGAAAUGCCUCUACGGGGGCACUUGGUGCUCGGACACAAACUGGUUUAGGAAGUAUCUGUAUCCUUUUUUUGGUUUUCUACUCGAUCCGACUACCCUUCCAUUUAAAGCAUUGAAAGAAGAACUUGGAAAUUAUUGCGCUUACAACUAUUAUUGCAACAUCAGCAUGAUUGGAGCAUGGAUAUUGCGAAUUAUCGUCAUAGGAAGAUUUGUGCCGGGGAUAUUGUGCCUAUUUGCCUAUUUAGUCUACAAGUUUCGACGAAGACAUUUAUCGUUAGAUGAUGAUGUUGAAGAAUUUUUACAGAGUCAUAAAAAUCUUCAGUUGAUCAAGUACUCAUAUUCAGAUAUAAAGAAGAUGACUAACAAAUUUAGUAAUAAAUUAGGACAAGGAGGCUUUGGCUUUGUAUAUAAAGGAAAACUUCGAAGCGGUCAAAUUGUAGCUGUAAAAGUUUUGGUUAUGCAUAAAACUAAUGGACAAGAUUUUAUCAAUGAAGUAGCCACGAUUGGAAGGAUUCACCAUGUUAAUAUAGUGCGACUUGUUGGAUUUUGUGUAGAGGGAUUAAAGUGGGCUCUGGUGUAUGAAUAUAUGCCUAAUGGGUCCCUUGAUAAGUUUCUUUUUUCUAAACUUGAAAACAACAUUCUUUUGAGUUGGGAAAGAUUAUAUAAGAUUGCACUAGGUGUGGGUCGUGGGAUUGAAUACUUACAUCAAGGUUGUGACAUGCAAAUUCUGCAUUUUGAUAUCAAGCCACACAAUAUUCUUCUUGAUGCAAACUUUAUCCCAAAAGUUUCUGAUUUUGGCCUUGCAAAAUUACAUUCAAUAGAAGAAAGCAUUGUGUCUCUAACUGCUGCUCGAGGAACAUUAGGAUAUAUUGCUCCAGAAUUAUUCUACAAGAACAUUGGAGGUGUUUCAUAUAAAGCUGAUGUGUAUAGUUUUGGAAUGUUAUUAAUGGAAAUGGUGGGGAAAAGGAAGCAUGCAAAUACAUGUCUAGAGCAAAGCCAAACAUACUUCCCAUCAUGGAUUUAUGAUCGAAUAGAUCAAGGAGAAGACAUGGAAAUUGGAGAUGCCACUGAGGACGAACACAAGUAUAUAAGGAAGAUAGUCAUAGUUGCAUUAUGGUGUGUACAGAUGAAUCCCACGGAUCGCCCUUCAAUGAGCAAGGCAUUGGAGAUGCUAGAAGGUGAAGUUGAACUCCUGCAAAUGCCCCCCAGGCCUACUCUGUACUCCAGGGAGAUGUCAGUUGAGGAUCAUAUGAACAAUCCAGUCGGGGUACCAAUUUCUUCACGAAAUGCGACAAUGACGAUCAGCUUGGAGGGAAGGUAGUGCCUCGCAACAGCUACUCUCAUUCUCUGUCCUGUAAUACUUUGUGGUUGAUUGGUUUAGAUGCAAGGGUUAGUGCUUCUGUAAGAUCCAUAUAUGUACCAAGGUAAUGUUUUAGCCAGAGGCAGUUCCUUGGCACCCUUGGACUGAGGGUAGUCUUCUGUAUUCACCUUGAAUUAUCUAAUAAAUUUCUCCAUUUCCCUUAAA